GCAAGGGGUCAUUGGCUGAGGGUUCCUCGGUCCCUCAGCGGCAGGUUUUCCUUCCAGAAGCCCAAGGCAAUAAGGGCUGGGGCCAGAAGGACCUGGAACGUCAAAUCUGAGGUUCCUACUUGAGGGGGUGGGACGGGCCCUGUGCUUGUGUGUGUCCAUCCUGAGUGGCUCUGAAAUGGAGACUUUCAGUUUCCCUUUCAGUCCCAUAUAUAUUUGGGCCCGGAGUUGUGUGUUAAUUACACACACCGCAGGUGACUGGGUCCACACGGCUAAAGAAAAGCCGGACGGUGUUCAGCUCAGAAGAUGAUUCCUUGGACAGCAGGACUGUGACCUGGCUUGGGAACAAGCUGGAGUGAGGGUGAAGCGACCCCUCCUUCCGACCGGGACGCAGACGCAAGCUGGGGGGAAAAGUCUGAGAUCCCACUGCUGGCACCAUACCCAAGAAGCCUGUGGGCUCUACCCAGAGCGAUAUGGAGGAUAUCAUUGAGUAUUUCCAGGACUCAGUGAGCUGGGAUGACCUACAUCUCCUGCUGACUGACCAUGAAGCCUGGGAGAGCUUCAUGGCUGAGGCCAACUUGUCCAGGGAGGAGGCAGAUGUGCUACACGCAGGUCUGUGUGAGCUGGAGGCAGACCUGUGUAUGGAGGGCAGAGAGAGGAUCCAAAGAGACCACCUGGAGGAGAGGUUUUUGAACGAGUAUCCCCGGUUGAAACGGGAGCUUUAGGGGCAAAUACGAAAGCUCCACAAGCUGGCGGACAAGGUUGACAAGGUACACAGGGGCUGCACCAUCUCCAACAUCGUGGCCAGCUCCGCCAGCGUGAUGUCUGGGGUCCUGACCAUCCUGGGCCUGGGUCUGGCACCUGUGACAUCAGGGAUCAGUCUGUCACUCUUGGCAACGGGGGUCGGGCUGCGAACAGCAUCUGCUGUGACCACUGUGUCCAGCAGCAUUGUGGAGUACUCGAGCACAUCGUCCGUGGAAGCCAAAGCCGGUCGCCUGGCAUCAGCUGGCGAUAACAGAGGGAAGACCAUUGCAAAGGCUCUGUGUCAGAACACACCCCGAAUGUUUUCCGUAACAAAGAGCUUCGUGCAAGUCCUGCGAAACAUUGGAAAGAAUGUUCGUGCCAUCAGGCUAGCCAAAGCCAGUCCUCACUUAGCAGCCUGUGCCAAGAGGUUCAUGACAGCUGGGAGAGUCUCAGUUCGAAGUGACAAGCGGGUGCAGAAAGUUUUUGGAAGCACUGUUCUGGCAAUGAUCAGAGGAGCCCGGAUCAUGGACGUGGGCACCGUGGGCACCUCCCUUCUGGUGGAUGUGGCCAACCUUGUGGAAGAAUCAAAGCACCUGCAUCAGGGGGCAAAGGCAGAGUCGGCUGAAAGGCUGAGACAGCAGGCCCAGUUGCUAGAGAGCAACUUGAAGGAGCUCAACCGGAUGUAUGAAAGUCUAAGGUAGGGCCCGGCCCCGUGACCUCCAAACAGGGCAGGGAGCAGGGUCAUGUGCGGGACAAAGGCAUGGAGGUACCUCAUGAGAGGGGAAGAGGGGGCCAAAUAAAAUUUUUGAGGGGCGCUUGGGUGGCUCAGUCAGUUACGCAUCUGACUCUUGGUUUCAGCCCAGGUCACCAUCUCACAGUCCGCGGGUUCGAUCCCUGACAGUGUGUUGGGGCUCCUCAAUGACAGUGGAGGCUGCUUGGGAUUCUCUCUCUCUCCCUCUCUCUCUCUGCCCCUGCCCUGCUCACUCUCUCUCUCUCUC